GUAAAUAUGGAAUUAAAUGUCCCAUUGCUCUCAAGUUUUUGGAAGUUUACAUGGCACUAGCCCCCAUAGAAAAAUUUAAAUAGGUAGGUAUUGCUAAUGGAAAGGGCCGGUUGUUUGAACGCAAAUUUUAAACUCGCCCUUGGUGUCACGUACAUCUAGGCUGGUUCCCUUGCUGACCAUUUUUGGGGGUGUACGGACAACGGACAAUCAUCGAAGAGAGAGAACGAGUAUUCACUUUUGUAACUUUCAUAGGAUUACCUGCCUAACGUUACCUCUGUGAUGUGAAAAGGAAUUAUUUCAUAAUAUUAAGCCUAGUGUAGAUUUUAUAGGUCGCAGUGCCAUUUGAAUGCAGUGAUUUAUUGUGAGUUUUGAAUAAAAUUUAUGAAUUUUUGGAUAUCAACAGAACUUGAAAAAUGGAGAUAUAUUCUAAGGUUGUUUCGAAGUGAAUGGAUGGAUGCUACGGAAAAAGCAAGAGGAAAUGUCUGUUAGUGGACAAAUAUGGGUUUGAAAGGAAAUGGAUACAUAUUAUGUACAUCCCUUUUUCCAGCGAUAAUUUACGGUGACAACCACACUAAUGAUUCCAAUGGAGAGAUUCCGAAUAUACUGACCCCGCUAAUUGUUUCCGUCGGGGCAAUCAUCAUCGCUUUUACAGUCGCUAAACUCGUCGAUUGUUGUUGCCAGAAGACGCUGGAAAAAAAUGAGAACCUGGAAUCAUUGGACGAUCAAACCAAGAAGAUUCUACGAGCAAGACUCAUCAUUAUUCAAAUGAAACGAAAAGAGAUGGCCAAAGCGGCCCCAGCGCUUAAUAUUUUCAAAAAAUGGUCAUCAAAGACAAUUAUGUCCAAGAAUCUUCAAAAUGAGGUUACCAAAAAGGAUAAACAAACUGUGAUAACCGUGGACGAAGCGGAUAUUGAGAAGAAAAGUAACUCCUUAGGACAUGGGUUUCUAAAGCAAAACAAGGUGGCAAAUGGUAUACCAAGUUUGACGCAGAAUAAACCCCUCGUGCAUAAACAAGAAAAGUUAGAUUCAGACAGCCAUGCAUCAAAUUCUUCCAAAUCAGGGACACCUCCAUCUUCGAACUCAGCGAGUUCAACAUCUAGAUCUUCUGCUAGGUCGGUGUCCGUGUCUGUCAACUCAACUCGUACAUCUUUCAACUCCGAAUCCGGGCUUUCUCUCUUUACUGGUACAAGUUCUGACCACAAGAAAACUUCAAAUAAAAGUGUGACUUUCAAUGAAAAUGUAGAAGUGAAAACCGAAGACGAAUUGGAACAGCUUGAUUCCGUGAAAGUAGUUAGUGAAUCACCUCCAACAGACUCUAGUAAACCGUCGAAUCUUAAAAAACCAUCUUGAAAGUUGAAUGCAUAAAUAUAUAAACAGUCUGAUUAUUUGUUUGUGAUCCAUAUUGAUUUUAACCAAAUCAACCAUUUUGGCCGAACAUGACUUUUGUUGCACAUUGUACAAUGCGUGAUUUUCGGAUUAGUGCGGUCUGAUUAAGAUUGAGAUUACGGAUCAAACGGUGUGUAUUUGUGUUAAUCUUUCGCCAAGAUUUUCUUUUAUGUACUCAUGGACUCUUACUCUUGGUUUACAAUGCAUGUGCCUAUUAGAUAUUAUCUUCCCGUCUGUUUAUUCCAUAUUUUUAAUCUUGUGCGUUUCAGUACAUUGAUUAUUGCAAUUUAUAGUUCACUGGAUGUUCGAAUAAAAAUGGAAAACCGAUUGUUAGAAAUGUACAUAUUUUAAUGUACCAUAAAACAAGGAAAACAUCCUUGGUCUGAAAUAUAAAUUGUAAAAAAUUGCAAAAAAACCAUUUUCUACAAACAUAUUCUAUCUGCAAACCUAAUGAAGGUGGUGAUCACCAUAUUAAUUGAAUGUUAAUAUUGCAUGAACAAUUUGUUGAGAAAACAUUUUUGUAAAAGAUCAAAAAUUUUAUACAAAUGUUUUUAAGUAUCAAAAUUGUAGAGUCACACCUUGUACCAUGCAUCUAAGGAUAUAUGGUUUUUUACUUUAAUAAGAUUUAAAUGAGCUACUAAUUGAUGCUUUAACAUCAUAAGCAUCUGACGAGAGAGAGAGAGAGAGAGAGAGAGAGAGAGAGAGAGAGAGAGAGAGAGAGAGAGAGAGAUUAUACGUUUUGAUUUGAUAUCGUUACCUUGCUUGGAUUGUUUUCUAUUAUAAUGAAGAGUUGUUUAUCUGUGCAGAGCAGCAGAAUACUAAAGCAAUAUGAGCUGCAAUUUUCAUGAUAAAAUUUCUUUUUAACGAAAAUAUUAUUUUCUUCUAAAAUGACAAAAAUAUCAUGGUUUUUAAAUUUUCUUUUCACCAAAUUUUUGUGAAAAGGGCCGUUAAGGAGAAUUUAUUGGAGCGAAAUUAUCGUCCUGUACAAAAAUUGAUUUGCUGUAUGUUCCUUAGAAGAAAUAUCUUUCCUCUGACAAAAAUUAAUGAUUUUUUUCAACCUUAUUUAUCAUAAAAAGUUAAGUCCCAUGUAGACUUAGCAUACUAGCAGGUUUUUACAACAAAAUAAAAUUCUAAAAAAUACAUCCCAUAUUGCUUAAGUAUUUGAUAAUUUUUUUUCUCGUUUUUCCGACAAUGUAAAGUGUGCAUGUGUAUGAAGCUGAAUAAACGUGGUUUGUACGUUAAGUCAUACAUAUAAACAUUGAAAGCUUUAUGUUGCAUAUUUUAUCAAAUAAUUAUUUCAAAAACCAA